UUAAAGGGCAGUCUCUAAAAGUGUAGGCAGUCUAUUUAUUUCGAUUUUUCUCCUUCAUCUAUCACUGAUUUGCGGUCACGAUGGAAUCUCUGAAGAAAACAUACAAACUAAGUGAAUAUGAGCUGCAGCGGUUGAAGAAUAUUGAGGAUAACAAAACAAUGCUAUCCCGAUUGAUGGAAGAUUUGAAGAACUUCAAUAUCCCAAAACCAAAGCCGCAGAAGUUUCAGCCAACAAAGCGCAAUCCGAGACGUGCACCACGUUACAAUCCAAUCUCACGUCCUGUGACCAGAUCUAGAAGAGGUUCAAUUUCUUCUGCCAACUCGACUUCUGAAGCUUCUACCCCGGAGAAAUUGAACAAGCAUCUCGUUGUAAGCUUUGGAUUUUUCAAGAAACGACCAAGCGAUGCAAAGGCCGAUGGUGAUGAUUGGUUGGAAGAUGAGCAUGAGGAUGAAGCAGUCUCAAGGCGCCCAAAACGUGCUGCAGUUGACAGGACUGUGAAAGCAGCAGAGGAAAUAACUGAAGAAGAUCUCAAGUUGGUGGCAGACACAGUUGGAGAUAAAAGCUAUGAUAGUGUUUAUGGAACAACCUGCCAUCAAUGUCGUCAGAAAACCCAUGACAUGAAGACAAUCUGUCGGUCUGAAGAUUGCUAUGGUGUGCGGGGACAGUUCUGUGGACCAUGUUUGAGGAAUCGCUAUGGAGAAGAUGCACGCAUUGCCCUAACAGAUCCUAAAUGGGAAUGCCCACCAUGCAGGGGGAUCUGUAACUGCAGUUUCUGCCGCAAGAAGGCCGGUGUUAGGUGUACAGGCAUUCUGAUACAUCUUGCGCGAGAGAAGGGAUACACAGAUGUAAAUGCUUAUCUCCAGAACUUGAGGAGAGCUUAAAAUGGAGAUAUCCCAAAGACUGUCUGCAUUUACACUUUGGAAGGACAUUAUAUAAUUUCUAGGACUUGAAAUUGAAUGUGGACUUUGGUGACAUAACUUUCUUGCCAUAGAUAUGGUGCUUAUUAGGCUGUAAGGUUUAUGCAUCGAUAAUUUGAUUCAUUUCCGAAAAAAAGACUGCUUAAUUCUGCCAAGGUGAUGGGUUUCUACUGUAUGUUAAAUGAUGCAUCUGAAGUAUCCCUUAUUUCUAUUUUGUGUCUAAACAUACUCUGCUUGUUAUCAUGAAUUAAAUUUUAAAAGCUUAUUGUGUAUAAAGAAGUAAAACAGUUUUGAAUUUGAUUGGGUUCAGUUGGUGAAUCUUUGCUUUCAUCAGUUUACACAACAUUUCAAUUAAAAUUUUAUACAGU